UAAAAAGAUUUAAUCAACAUGAAAAAGGUAAGUACGUAAUUUUGGGGUGAGAUUAAGUACUCUGCUUAAAUUGAAGACAGGAUAGUACAUAUAUUUAUGAUAAAAGAUUGUACAAUCUCCAUAUCCAUAUUUUUAGCCUAAGCUUUAGAAAUUAACUACCCAAAAUCACACCUUAAUCAUAUGCUUCACAACCAAGUCACUGGCUCUUGCCAUUGUAUAAAUCACUUACCUUCUUCAUAAGCCAAAACUUAGAGCUUUACCUAUAUUGCUUGACAAUAUUUUAGGGUUUUCCAUACCUUCCUUCUCGAUCUCUAGGGUUUUCCAUUAAUAUAACGAGUGCUAGUACGGCCAUGGCUAAGACUAAGAUUCCCAAGAGUGAGAUCUCAGACAAUAAUAAUACUAGUGAUGGAAAAAAGAGAAGCAAAGGUCGAAGAAGAAUUGAAAUCAAGAGAAUUGAAGAGAAGAACAAGCGCCACGUGACCUUCUCCAAGCGCAAAAAGGGUAUCUUCAACAAAGCCGCCGAGCUCAGCGUUUUGAGCGGUGCAGAGAUAGCGACGAUGGUCGUGUCGAGCAACGGCAAGGUGUUCUGCUUCGGCACACCCAACUACGACGCGGUCAUCAACUGCUACCUUGGCCACCACACUGCCCCCUUGGCUGCAGCAGGUCAACCAGAUCAUCGUGCUUUGCUGCAUGGUAAGACAAUGCGAAGUAGUAAUAAACAAGUUGAGAACUAUGUGGAAGCUACGAGGCACCUCGAGGCAGAGAAGAUAUCAAUCAAGGGUGAGGAGAAUAAUAAUAAUAUUAAUUUUGCUAUUAAUAAUAAUAAUUAUUAUUAUAAUAGUGAUUAUGAGGGACGAGAAGGAGGUUGUGGUUAUGCGUGGUGGGAGAGGCCGAUCCCGAUUGGGAUGAUGAGUAGUUUGGAGGAGUUGGAAGAGUACAAGGCAGCCUUGUACAAGUUGAAACACAAUGUGGAGGUUCGAACCAAUCAAAUGAUUAUGGGAAGUGCUCCUUCUAAUUACUAUUCAUCGCUUUUGGUUAUGGGUGAUUAAUUAGGAGCAAGGGUUAUUGGUGAUGUAUAAUAAACUAUUAGUACUACAUAUGUCAUUUUAUCUACCUUGAUUAUCUAUGACAUGAGGAUUGGGA